AUGUCAGCGUUCAACGUGGUGUUGGGGUGCGUGAUGGCACUCCUAGUCAUAUUAUGUACAAUAAGUUCGAUGGCCAGAUACUACAUAAAGUUCACGAUAUUCAUUGCUCUAAGUUUGAUAUGCGCGACAGUUCCAGUGCCACUUAUGUUACUUAAGCCGUUUGAUCCUAAAAAUGCAUUGAUACCAUCGGCAUCACUGAGAGUUUUUGCAAAAGUAUUUGGCCUGAGUUGGACAGUGCGAGGAUUGGAGAACGUAGACAACAAUCGGGGAUCGGUUGUACUUCUAAACCAUCAGAGUGGUCUUGAUCUAUUCCCGUUGGCGGUAAUAUGGCCGCUGAUGUCUCGUUGCACGGUGGUUGCUAAACGCUCGUUGCAGUACCUCAUUCCUUUUGGUACUGCGACUUGGUUGUGGGGAACCGUGUUUAUAGACCGAGGGGCACAAACAGCGCGUGAUGCACUCAACAAGCAAGUUCAAGCGAUUAAGGAUCAAAAAAGAAAGCUCUUGCUCUUCCCUGAAGGCACGAGACAUUCCGGUGAUCGAUUGUUACCUUUUCGUAAAGGCGCUUUUCACGUGGCAAUGGACGCCGGGGCACCUAUACAACCAGUUGUCGUUUCAAAAUACCACUUCCUUGAUGCCAAACGUCACAAAUUCGGUUCAGGAGAAUUUAUUGUGUCAAUUCUGCCAAUGAUCGAGACUGACGGCAUGUCGAAGGAUGAUAUUGGAGCUUUAGUUGAGAAGACACAAAUCAGUAUGCAGGAAGAGUUCGCUAGAAUCUCUUCAGAAACACUAGAGAGACACAAUUCUCGGGUUAAGGCUGAUUAG